AUGUUUGAAAGUAUAGAGAUUACAUUGCGUGAAGAUUUAGUUAUGGAUGACGAAGCCAAAGUAUCUUUUGGAAAAUCUUCAAGUAUUCCUUAUUUCCACGCUUUUAAUGGAAGAAUUAUUUGUCAUGCUACUCCAAAAGAACCAUUAAAGUUAUACCCCAAAUAUGAUUGGGCAAUCGUUGAGCUAGACAUCACAAGUAGAGAACUCGACUCAUUAUUCGCAGAGAGUUGUCACUUUCCACCAAUCCCCAAGUUUAUCAUUCCAACACCUUCCAAAGUUGAAACAUCCAUUCAAUCUGAUAUAUAUAAAUAUUUUUCGGUACUUUGGUUUACAAUUAUUGAAGAAUGA